AUGGCCGCUAACAAUCAAAACAACCAACUGUUCGAAAUCGACCAUUUUAUCCGCCAUAGAGUCAAUAGGAGAAAUAAGACAGUCCAGAUCCUCGUCAAGUGGACAGAUUUCGACCAACCAACUUGGGAACCUGAGGCCGUCUUGCAAGAAACCGCUGGCCGUACACUGUACAAUUACUGGCACGAACGCCGUGGUCGUGACCGAGCUACACGUCUACGAGAGUAUCACGUAUUUAAAAUCCUUGCCAGAGGUUGGAGGGGAGGUGCGUGGUAUUUUGAGUGUCAGUGGGUAGGAUACUCGCGUGUAGAUAAGACGUGGGAGCCUGAAGCAAAGGUGAGAAGGAAUGCGGGAGGCUUAGUGAGGAAGUGGUUUGCGGAUCAGGCGGCAGCUAACCAGAACGCUCCA